AUGAACCACAACUCCAGCUCGGAAGCAAAAGCCUCCAAGAAAGCCUGCCCGGCCUACCCUUCCCUCAGCCACAUCCCAUGCGAACUAUUAUUGAUCAUUGCGGGUUACUGCGACACCCAGUCAUUCGCCCGAUUAUCACAAACCUGCAAAGGCUUCCACCACGCUCUGACCUUGGACAAAGUGAAACGCGCAAAACAAAAAGCUCUCCUGCCAGCAGACGUAUACCGCCAACGAUUCGUAUACAAUGACGACCAAAUCCCCGGUAUAGACCGUCCACUCCACCUCCUCACCGAUAAUUUCUCCUCUUACGAAGCCAUUUGGAACCAGGCCAUGUCUCGUCGCGGAUUCAGCAACCACGAGGGCCGGUUCGUCCGGGCCGUGCAUAAAGGCAAAAUCCACGGUGUGCGAGCUCUCCUCGAAAUGGGCGUCAACCCCAAUUCAUACGAUUGCUCCGGAGUAUGGGCUUUCAACCUGGCAGUUGACAAUCAAGAUCUGGAAAUGGUAGACCUGCUCCUUAGCUACGGCGCAGAUCCGAACGUGAGGGAUAUCCCCUGUCAGAAAAAUGUACUAGACUAUGCAGCCUACGACAAUGCUAUGACGCAGCGGUUGGUUCUUGCGGGCGCGGAUCUGAGUGAGCCUCGUGACAUCGAGAAUAUCGUUUGCAGAAAUAAUCUCGAGACGAUAAGCAUGGCAUUGGAGAGGAUGAGGUCUGUUUCUCUUCCCAAUCCGGAGCGGAUGCCUACCCUGGUAAUUUUUGCUGCACAACGGGGGGAUCGCGAUAUCCUGAGCUUGGUCCUCUCUCAGCCUUUUUCUGGCUUGAUGCUGAAUGAUGUCAGGAUCUAUGAGGGGUCGGCGCUUCACACGGCCAUCAAGAAUCGUAGGGAGGAGCUAGCGUGGAUGUUGAUUACGGCGGGCAUAGAUAUAAAUCUUACAAGCGGUGAUGGCACGACGGCACUUCAUUUGGCAUUGGAGCAACAGUUUUUCGAUUUGGCUUGUGGGCUGAUUGAAGCUGGAUGUGCGUUGGACCGUGUUACCAGGCAGGGCAAGACUGAACUGCACUUCGCUGUUGAGGCGAAGUCGGUGGAGAUGGUUCGUUUGCUGCUUAGCAAAGGUGUGGAUGUCGAUUUGCGAGGGCCGCGUACUUUCAUCCACACCCCUGAGAGUGUUAUCCGUGAUGCGAUUCGGGUUGGUAAUGAGGACAUUAUUCGUGCGAUCCUGACUGAGGGAUCUCAUCCGCCGGAUUUGACUCUUGCUGAUUUGGGUCUGUUUAAUGUGAGUUGA